CAGGUUCUUAGUCUGAAGCAGUUUGAAUUAAAUGGGAUGCCCAAGGUGGUGCCUUUAAGUUUGCCUUACCAAGACUUCAAGAAGGACAUAUCGGACAGCAAAGAGAUGCUGCGUGUGCCACACCGAAUAAAACGCGUGGAUUUCUCCUGUGUAGUCCUUCCUCCCAUGCAUGCCCCAGAGCCACAUAUUGUAAUCAAUGGGAGGACUUCACAAACAGAACAUGAGCAAGAAGAAGAUGAAGAAGAGGUGGAAUUUUUAGGGGAGGAGAUCGACCUUCAAAGUGGCUCCAGCAGUGAUAUGAGUCAGAAGAGUACUGAGCGCAGUCAGGAAGGGGCUCCUUCCACUCUCUUGGCAGAUGAUCAGAGAGAUUCAAGAGGUCGAGUUUCUGCUGGAGAGAACGACCUAGAAUUAGAAGAGGGCUCUAAGACCUUAGUACUGUUCUCCCCUGGAGAUAUGAAAAAGUCACCAGUCACCAAUGAGCUUUUGCCCGAAGUUGACCUUGGAACUCUUGCUGUGCUAACACCCCAAGGAGAAAGGCCCCAGCCUUUGGGGAGUCAAUUGGAUGUAUCAGAACCAGGAACAUUAUCUUCCAUCCUCAAAUCAGAGCCAAAACCACCGAAUGCUGGAGCUGCCACAGCUACCUCCCCUUUUACCAAAGUUGAACGCACAUUUAUUCAUAUUGCUGAAAAGACACAUCUAAACGUCAUGUCUUCCACUGGGCAGCUAAUUAGGAUGGACGAACAUUACGGCUCAGGGCAGUGUGAGGAGCCAAUUAUUGAGGAGGAAAUUGAAGAUUAUGAGCUACUAAGAGACAAUGGAAGCAUAAACUCGGCUGUGGAGGCUGGUGAGAUUGACAGCUGUGUCAUCUCAGCCAGCAAUAUUGAGUUCUGUACAGAGGCUCCAACAGAUCUUAGGGCUGCCAAUGGCAUAAGUGAGUCUGAAGGUCAGCUGGAUAAGGACAUGGUGGAUAUGGUUUUCAAGAAAGACACGCAUCCACAGCAGGAAAAGAUUGUGCUUGCCACUGAUCGCCUUAAAGAAGCUGAGGAGAACCCCUGCAAGGCUGUAACCCAACCCUGUGCCAUGCGUUUUAGGAGUCGUAUCCCAGUGUUUUUAUCAGAAGAGGACACUGGGUCAGAUCAGUCUAUGUCACACUCCGUUAAGGAGAGGUUCCAUAAGAGGACAAAGCAACUAGAUCUAGCAAGGUUUGUAAUGGAGAAGAGACAAAUCCAACUGCAGAGAUUAGCUUCUGCUGGCUCAUCUUCAGCCUCUUCAAGUGAAGAUAGAAGGAGGACCUCUGAAACCCUUUCCACCACGGGAUCUGAGGAAGAUACACAUGAUUCAGAUGACUCCACCCCAAGAAAGUGCAGAAAAGAGAAAUCUUUCUCCACCAGAAAGGAUGACACUGUUUCCAGCACCAGAAGCAAAAUUCCCCGUCCAGUUACACCAGUGAAAACUAUCCGACCAACAAUCCCACCAACACCCAGCAGCAAAGGCACUUCAACUUCACAGAGGUAAGAAACGGCAGUGUGUGUGAUAAAACUCCUGUGUGUGUGUGAGAUUAAACUCCUGUGUGUGUGAGAUAAAACUCCUGUGUGUGUGAGAUUAAACUCCUGUGUGUGUGUGAUAAAACUCAUGUGUGUGUGAGAUUAAACUCCUGUGUGUGUGAGAUUAAACUCCUGUGUGUGUGAGAUAAAACUCCUGUGUGUGUGAGAGAUUAAACUCCUGUGUGUGUGAGAUAAAACUCCUGUGUGUGUGAGAUUAAACUCCUGUGUGUGUGAUAAAACUCAUGUGUGUGUGAGAUAAAACUCCUGUGUUUGUAAGAUAAAACUCCUGUGUGUGUGAGAUAAAACUCCUGUGUGUGUGAGAUAAAACUCCUGUGUGUGUGAGAUUAAACUCCUGUGUGUGUGAGAUAAAACCCCUGUGUGUGUGAGCUAAAACUCCUGUGUGUGUAAAAUAAAACUCCUGUGUGUGUGAGAUAAAACUCCUGUGUGUGUGUGAGAUUAAACUCCUGUGUGUGUGAGAUAAAACUCCUGUGUGUGUGAGAUUAAACUCCUGUGUGUGUGUGUGAUAAAACUCCUGUGUGUGUGUGAUAAAACUCAUGUGUGUGUGAGAUUAAACUCCUGUGUGUGUGAGAUUAAACUCCUGUGUGUGUGAGAUAAAACUCCUGUGUGUGUGAGAGAUUAAACUCCUGUGUGUGUGAGAUAAAACUCCUGUGUGUGUGAGAUUAAACUCCUGUGUGUGUGAUAAAACUCCUGUGUGUGUGUGAUAAAACUCCUGUGUGUGUGUGAUAAAACUCAUGUGUUUGUAAGAUAAAACUCCUGUGUGUGUGAGAUAAAACUCCUGUGUGUGUGAGCUAAAGCUCUUGUGUGUGUGAGCUAAAACUAAUGUGUGUGUGAGAUAAAACUCCUGUGUGUGUGAGAUAAAACUCCUGUGUGUGUGAGAUAAAACUCCUGUGUGUGUGUGUGAGAUUAAACUCCUGUGUGUGUGAGAUAAAACUCCUGUGUGUGUGAGAUUAAACUCCUGUGUGUGUGAGAUUAAACUCCUGUGUGUGUGUGAUAAAACUCCUGUGUGUGUGUGAUAAAACUCAUGUGUGUGUGAGAUUAAACUCCUGUGUGUGUGAGAUAAAACUCCUGUGUGUGUGAGAUUAAACUCCUGUGUGUGUGUGAUAAAACCCCUGUGUGUGUGUGAUAAAACUCGUGUGUGUGAGAUUAAACUCCUGUGUGUGUGAGAUUAAACUCCUGUGUGUGUGAGAUUAAACUCAUGUGUGUGUGUGAGAUUAAACUCCUGUGUGUGUGAGAUAAAACUCCUGUGUGUGUGAGAUUAAACUCCUGUGUGUGUCAGAUUAAACUCCUGUGUGUGUCAGAUUAAACUCCUGUGUGUGUCAGAUUAAACUCCUGGGCCUCCAUUUAUUAUUUUUGGAAAGCCUUUUUUUUUUAAAAUGAUUUCAUAUUUUUGGAUAUGCUUUUCAAAUAUUUUUUACAAUGUUAAAAUUUCAUAUAUAGAUAAAUAUAUAAUAAUAUUUGAAAAUAUUAAAAUAGCUUUGGACACAUGGAUUUCAAGAUCAGAGACAACAUGGGUUUACUUCAGGGAGAUCAUGCCAAACUAAUCUUAUUGAUUUUUUUUGAUUGGGUAACUAAAAUUAUAGAUCAGGGUGGUGCAGUAGACAUUGCUUACCUAGAUUUCAGUAAGGCUUUUGACACUGUUGCACAUAGAAGGCUUAUCAAUAAACUGCAAUCUUUAAGUUUGGAUUCCAAUAUUGUUGAAUGGGUAAGGCAGUGGCUGAGUGACAGGCAACAGAGGGUUGUAGUUAAUGGAAUAUAUUCGAAGCUUGGACUUGUCACCAGUGGGGUACCUCAAGGAUCUGUACUUGGACCCAUUCUCUUUAAUAUUUUUAUUAGUGAUAUUGCAGAAGGUCUUGAUGGUAAGGUAUGUCUUUUUGAUGAUACUAAGAUACUAAGAUAUGUAACAGGGUUGAUGUUCCAGGAGGGAUAAGCCAAAUGGCAAAUGAUUUAGGUAAACUAGAAAAAUGGUCAGAAUUGUGGCAACUGACAUUUAAUGUGGAUAAGUGCAAGAUAAUGCAUCUUGGACGUAAAAACCCAAGGGCAGAGUACAGAAUAUUUGAUAGAGUCCUAACCUCAACAUAUGAGGAAAGGGAUUUAGGGGUGAUUAUUUCUGAUGACUUAAAGGUAGGCAGACAAUGUAAUAGAGCAGCAGGAAAUGCUAGCAGAAUGCUUGGUUGUAUAGGGAGAGGUAUUAGCAGUAGAAAGAGGGAAGUGCUCAUGCCAUUGUACAGAACACUGGUGAGACCUCACUUGGAGUAUUGUACACAGUACUGGAGACCGUAUCUUCAGAAGGAUAUUGAUACCUUAGAGAGGGUUCAGAGAAGGGCUACUAAACUGGUUCAUGGAUUGCGGGAUAAAACUUACCAGGAAAGGUUAAAGGAUCUUAACAUGCAUAGCUUGGAGGAAAGACGAGACAGGGGGGAUAUGAUAGAAACAUUUAAAUAUAUAAAGGGAAUCAACACAGUAAAGGAGGAGACUAUAUUUAAAAGAAGAAAAACUACCACAACAAGAGGACAUAGUCUUAAAUUAGAGGGACAAAGGUUUAAAAAUAAUAUCAGGAAGUAUUACUUUACUGAGAGGGUAGUGGAUGCAUGGAAUAGCCUUCCAGCUGAAGUGGUAGAGGUUAACACAGUAAAGGAGUUUAAGCAUGCGUGGGAUAGGCAUAAGGCUAUCCUAACUAUAAGAUAAGGCCAAGGAAUAAUUAAAGUAUUUUAAAAAUUGGGCAGAUUAGAUGGGCCGAAUGGUUCUUAUCUGCCGUCACAUUCUAUGUUUCUAUGUAACACUGUAUUUUCAGAGAAAAGGCAGUGUUUACAUUGCCCCUAGGACACUUCCAGUGACCAUUCCUCAGAUGGCCACUGGGGAUGCUUCCUGGGUCAGUGCUGCACAGUAGGCAGCUCUGCCAUUCAACGUCUCCAUGACGCUGAAUUUUCAUCAUAGAGAUGCAUUAAUUCAAUGCAUCUCUAUGAAGAGGUCCUGAUUGGCCAAAACUGCAUUUGGCCCCGCCUCCUUGCUGAUUUUAGCUAAUCCACUGCAUUACCUAUGGGUAAGCAUUGGAUUGGCUAAAAAUCGUCAAUUUUGAUGAUGUCACCAAUGGGGCGGGGCCAGGGCCGGCAGACCAGUGGAGAGCUGAAAAUAAGGUCAGUUUUAACCAGGAGUCAAGUCCUGGGGAAAAAAGUGUGGGAACUCAUCCACGAUUGGGGGGCUAGUGAGACCGGGUUAGGGGGGCUAGUAAGACAAGGUUAGGGGUUAGAGAGACAGGGUUAGGGGACUUUUAAUAUAUUUUGCUUUGCACCCCUCCUGCUUACCUUCUGUACAGGCAGGGGAGACAAUAAUUAAUUUCAUGGUGUUCCAGUGGGUCCCUGGUGGUCCAGUGUGCUGCUGGUUCGCUCCCUGGCGGUCCAGUGUGCUGCUGGUUUGCUCCUUGGUAGUCCAGUGUGCUGCUAAUGAACUCCUUGGUGGUCCAGUGUGCUGCUAAUGAACUUCUUGGUGGUCCAGUGUGCUGCUGGGGCUGCCGCACUCCCUUGCGGUUCCGGCGCACUGUGAUGAUGUCUCUAACACUCACAGUGCGCCCGACCUACAAGCAGCACACUGGACCACCAAGGAGUUUAUUACAGAUAGCAGGGAGAUUUUUUGAUCUCCCUGCUGGCUCAAGAAAGGGGGCUCGAUCAGAGCCUGCAGGACCACUAAUGGGAACGGCGUUGCUGCUGUGGAAAAAGUGCAGAAACGCCGUUCCCAUGCGUUCCUGCAGGACUCGAGCCCUUUUUUCAACCAAUUCUAAAGGGGCUAAGUGUGGGGGGGUCCAAGCCACCUAAAUGAUGGGUUUUCACUAUAGGGUCAGGAAAACAUGUUUGUGUUCCUGACCCUAUAUUGAUCCUUUAACUGUAUUUCUGUCCUCCAUGUUUAUAUAUUGACCGCUUGCAUAGUUAUUAAAGGGAAUCAAAUCAAUCCACUAAAUAGCCCCUACAGAGAGUUUGUAAUGGUGUAUGCUGAGACAGAUGAGUAUAUGUCUGUCUUUUCUUUCAAGUCUUUCAAUCAGUUUUUCAUAUAACUUGUAAUUUAAACUACUGCCUUUUCUGCUUAAUACAUAAACACCUCUUUAUUCCCCAGUGAUCAUAUUCUUUCCCGCAGUUAAACAGCUUGCUCAAGUUGACUCACAUCAAGUUGUUUUAUUCUUCACGCAGUGUGCCUUAUUUUUCUCUCUUCUCUUUAGGCAUCACUUGUCUGGGAGUCCUGUUGGUGGGAUUCCUGGCCUAACCCCUGAUUUUCGUCCCAAAGCACUGCAAAUGAAACUUCCUCCUCUCUCUAGCCCAACCCCCACCAGGAACAAUCUGCGAAGGGUCAAUCGUGGUCCACCCAAGAGUCCUGUAGCCCCUGCACGGACACUCAGUGCUUCUUCCCGAAGCCAAUCCCUUUCCAGGACCGAAAGUCCGUCACCAUCCCGACAGAAAAAAAUGGCUGCUACUACUCCUUGGGUGUACCCCUCUCCCAAACUCCAGCCUCGAGCACAGACCCAAGGAGAAUGUCCAGCAACUCCAGCUGUUGUCAGGAAGGGACAAAGGCUGAAGAUCCAAGUGCCAAACCCAGCAACCAAAGCACGUGGUGGAGUUGAAGGCAGAUAAUGGAGCUUUGUGUGGGGUACAGAGCCCACUGGGAAUUUUAAGCUUCAGGCAGGAAUGAUUGUAAUGCUAUGCUCACCCUUUAAAGCGCAUAACACACACUGUGAGAGCAGGAUACCCCACAGUCGACGAUCCCAGUAGGAUGGUUCCAGGGGCCAUUCAUUAACUCAAGCAGACCCACUUCAAGUGGUGUACAAUCCUAUAACCUUCAACAUCCAGCUUUUCAGCUUUUUGACCCAAAGUCUUUUUUGUUUAAGGGUGACCUAUCACUAGAGCUACCCUUGACCAGAAUCAAUCUGGUGGUGCAGUAGACAGGAGAUCUAGUACUAACAGCAGCCCUUAACCUUUCUUCUUCACAGAAUGGAGCUUCACAGGCGGCCAAAAUCGCACAUUUCUUCUUGGUUUUGUUUGCCUACAAUUUUAGGGCAAAAUUGAUAACCCAGAUAAAUCGAUUACUUUAUAUUCCUUAUAGAAAAUAUUCAAUUAUAAGUAAAAUGAAGUGAAUGUCCUAAUUCCCAGCACUGGGACCCUUAUUAUAGGCCCCCACUGUAUUGACAUCUCAAUAUCAUUUCAUCAUUACCAAAAGGCCUAAAAAAGCUAGAAUAUAUCUAUUUAUAUAUAUACGUAAGAGAAACUGAGUGUGUGACCAGUGUGGCAAAAUAUAUAUAUACCUCCACUUAUACAUAUAAGUAAGGUACACAAUUCUACACUAUAGAGAGCGGAACUCUAAAGUCACUACCAAUAUUAUUAACCCUUCAAUGCUGCGUGGCCGCUAUUGUGUAAGUGUGAGUGAUAUAAUACCACGUGGUUGCUGUCAGUUGUGGCCACAGUUUCAUAUAUGGAAUAUUGAAAAAUUAGUGAAUAAGUUCUGGAUCGUCCUACAAAAACGUAAGGCCCACGCAGGAGCUGAGAUGAACCCUUUAUUUCAUGUCUUUCAGACAGUGCCAGAAGGCUGGUUACCGACAUCACCUUUCCACACCCUGUCAGGCUGAGCACCGAGUUGUGUCUAACACAUGGAAAUCUCAAUAUGUUUCAUUUUUAGGGCACUAGCUUAUACCAUAGCGCAGCACAUGGUGUGAGACGAAGGUCACUGAUGGCAAUGCAUAGUCACUCCAUGAGAUGAGUAUUGGCAGAUUGUGCUCUCACGGGACACUGACAGGGAGAGUGGCAGAAACGUUUACACAUUGCAGAUAGAAUGUAACUCUCCCUCUUUCAUAAACUCCAGCUGUGUCCUGCAAACCCCAUCCGCAUGACAUGGGGGCAGCUACACCCCCACAAUGGGACAACUGGAGCUGGACUGACUGUGGGGAGGAUCUGAGAUAUGAAAUGCUUCUUAUUUCAUGAAAUGUCACAUUGUAUCAUUAAAUAAAGCCUGCUGUUAAAACAUGA